CACAAUUGUACAUUAGCACCAGGGCUGCUGCCAUACAAACUCACCGCACAACUAAAUAAAGAUCAGAUUUGGUUUUUUUUCUUGAUGUUGGCCACAAGCUGAAGAAAGAGGGGGGGGAAACUGAAAUUCUAUCAGGUGAUCUACAUGAAGUAAUCUUGGCUUUAACCGCGUCGUGAGUUUCACCACUUUCCCACCCCCCAGUGGGACUCCAGGUGCUUAACCUCCCUCCUGCCAGUUCUGCAUGGUCAUGACCUGUCAUCACGCCCCUUCCACAGCCCACCUCAUCCUAUUGGUCCUGCUCAUUGUCACUCCACAUCUGGCUGGCGCCGCCCCUGCGUGGGGUGAGGGAGGGGUGGAGGGGCGCACCCGGACAGACCUUAGAGAGGACAACCUUGCCCCCUUUCUCUCGCCCUCACCCCAGAGUCUCUCCAUCCCUGACAACGGUUCGCUAGACCGGCGCCAGGGCCCGGGUCAAGAUGACCGAUCAGAUAGAGUGAUGGACCCUGCGCAGGUGCUCGCUGUGCUUUUGGAGGCCCUGGACCACCCGGGGGAGAGUGCAUUCCAGGCGAGCAGAGACAGAGUUUGGGAAGAGAAUGAGAGUCAGAAACUGCCCUCCAUUGAAGGCGUGGCGGGUGAUGAGAUUAGAAGAACAGGGGAGACAGAGGGAGAGAGGGGGGAGGAGGAGGAGGAGGAGGAGGGGCGAGGGGCUGAUAAGGCUAUUGAACAGCUAAUUGUAGGCCAUUUGACAGCUGCUCAGGGUGAUGACAUAAAGGAAAGGGAUGAGGAAGAUAAAAACACAAGGUCAGAGGAGAAUCAAGGGUGGUCUGUUGAGGAUAUGGGAUCUGAUAGUGUAAACGAGGAGGAAGGGAAAGAGGAAGUUGAGGGGCAGGAGGAGGGAAAUUAUUUAGAAAGUUUCUUAAAGAAAGCCAGGCCAAGUUCCACCUCACAGGGAGAUGAUCCAUCUCUGCAGCGCAAAAUAAGAGGGUACUUCCAAAACAUUGACUUGGGUCUCCAAGAUAAUGAGAUCCUGCCUCCUCUGAAGGGCUACAAAGCAUACAACACUCAGCUCGCACGAGCCGGAAAAAAGCUGCACUGGGAGGAGAACCAGGAUCGCAACCGACCCGUCGAUGGGGGCAACUUCAUGGAUGACUUUGAGGAUGAAGGUGAGGAGCUGGAGGAGGAGGUUGAAGAAGAAGAGGAGAGCCUCUCCCACAUGGAAGAAGAGGCGAGAGCUCGCGCAGAGAAACAGGAGGUUCUUCGGCAGCAGGAGGAGGCGGAGCGAGCCAGAGAGGAGGAGCAGAGGCUGGCAGACAUCGCCUCCGACAUGCUGCUGCAGUACAUGGGGAGGAAGCAGCAGUCCUACAUGAAGCCCCGGCAGAAAAGCAGCAUGGGGCCUGCCAGCAACACUGCUGAGGACAAGCGCUCCGAGGAGGUCAUCCCCGAUGAAGACGACGUGGACCAGCAAAUGAUCGACAGGCUGAUUGAGAUCAGCAGCAAGCUUCACCUGCCUGCUGAUGAUGUGAUUGAGAUCAUCAGUGACGUGGAGGAGAAGAAGAAGAAAAGGAAAGAGCUGCAACAGUUGCCAAUCAACAGCAACCCUGUUGCCCCGCGCUUCAGGCCUCUGGUACCUCCUCCUCUGGCUGCUCCGCCUAUCUACCACUACACCGCCUCAAAAAACCCCAAGAAAGCCCCUUAUAGGUACAACAAGCCCAACAAGAAAUGGCACAAGGACAAAGUUAUGUCAUAUAAGCAGGACUAUUGGUACAAGCCUCAGAAGCAGCUCGACUACUGGUAUAAACCCCAGAAACAGUUUUUAGCCUUCCCCUCCUAUCCAUACUACCAGAAGCCAUAUCGAGCAUACUACCCCGUUUAUUUCCCAUAUCCCAAACCACAAUAUUAUGGCAAGCCCUCCCCCUCCAGAGACCAGCCGUUCGGCCCCCAGGAACUUGACCUCCAGCCCCCAAGGCGCAGGCACAGGGCUGGGGGUAAGAACCGUGGACAAGGCUGGAGGCAGCAGCCAGCACCACGCCUGCCUCUCACCCCUUAUAUCUCUAACUAUAUCCUUCCUCACCCACGGACCUACCAAGCCCUACCUCCGCCCAAACCAAUAACUGCACCCAGGAGAGGAAGGCGACCCCCGUACUACUAUCAACAAGUCACACCGGGAGAUGACUAUGAGGAAGAUGGGCUAGUGCCUCAGUUGGACAGUGAGGAGGAACUGGAAAACUUUAUUGAGAGAAUCUACAUGAAACGCAGAAUGUAUUGAGAGACUUUUUGGACAUUCGCCAGAUCAGACGGACUGACAAGAGGCGGGAUAGAUAUUCAGUAGCUGGUGAAAAGCUAAAAGAGAGGGGGGGAGGAAGAGUCGGGGAGAUAUGAGUUUUGAGCCUGAUGGAAAUUGAAGGGUCCUGAAGUAAAAUCUUCGAUUUGUGUUGUUUUAAUCACUGUAUUUUUUGUUGAUUUUCUCGGUCAGGGAGAGGAUGAAGGGGUCCCAGUUUAAUCUCCCUGUAACCAUAUUCAGCCUCUUGCUCAGUUUACAUUUUGAAACAGAACAUACCAUGGUGUAUGUCUGCCUCCAUUCAGGUCAAUCUCUGAAGCUCUUGCAUUGUUCAGAGAUUUCUAGACACACACACACACACCCACACCCACACGUACACACAAGCAGUUGUGCCCAUUUUAAGAGAACCAUGUUUACAAAAUCACUUUUAUA